AGCAGCCAAUCAGGCUUAGCUCUAUGAUAUCGCUUGCGGGUAUUUACCGUCGGGUAAAAGAACAUAGAUUAUAAUUCUGUUGUUUAUCAGAUGAAAUUCGUGCUCUUCCUCUGUGGUCUGGCCAUCGCUGCCGGAAGCGAGUCGUGGGAAAGCUUCAAGUUGACCCAUGGAAAAGCUUACUCCAACGCCAAGGAGGAGCUUUACAGGAAGACCAUUUUCGAGAACAACCUGAAAUUCGUAGCGGAACACAAUGAGCUCUUCCAAAAGGGCGAAGUCACCUUCACCGUUGCUAUGAACAGAUUUGCAGACUUGACCACAGAGGAGUUCGUAGCCCAGAUGACUGGUCUGAAUAGACUGGAGAGGAGAGUUGGCCAGGUGUUCGCUCGCUUCCCGCAGACCCCCAGAGCUGCCGAUGUUGACUGGAGAGACAAGGGAGCUGUCACCCCCGUCAAGGACCAGGGACAGUGCGGAUCCUGCUGGGCAUUCUCUACCACUGGAGCUCUCGAAGGCGCACAUUUCCUCAAAACCGGAACUCUGCCAAGCCUCUCCGAGCAGCAGCUGGUAGAUUGCUCAACAGAAAACAGCGGUUGCAACGGAGGCGUUGUGCAGUGGGCCUAUGACUACCUCAAGUCCUGCGGAGGAAGCGAUAGUGAGGCUUCAUACCCCUAUGAGGCUAUUGACAACACCUGCCGCUUCGAAUCGCAAGAUGUCAUCGCCACCGUCAGUGGUUACGUAGACAUUCCCUUCGGCGAUGAGGAGACCCAGGCUGCUGCCGUCCACGACGCAGGUCCCGUCAGCGUCUGCGUUGAUGCCGGCCACUUGUCCUUCCAGUUGUACGACUCAGGAGUCUACUACGAAGCAAACUGCAACCCCUUGGGCAUCAACCACGCCGUGUUGGCCGUCGGCUACGGAACCGAAGGCGGCUCCGACUACUGGAUCAUCAAGAACUCGUGGGGCAGCAGCUGGGGUGAGUCUGGAUACAUGAAGCUCACCAGGAACAAGAACAACCACUGCGGUGUUGCCACCCAGUCUUGCUACCCAACCGUCUAAGGAUGCUGCGACGCCAGCAUCUGUUUCAUUGUCACGGAACAACGACUUGUACAUCAUGAAUAUCAAUUAGCACUUUUGUUGUAAAUGAAAGGAAAAUAAAAUACUAUGCAGUCC